GUUGACCUGCGCCAAAAAGACCUGCCCCAUUCUGCAGUGCCCCAAGACGAAGCAGAAGCAGCACCCGAACGAGUGCUGCCCCCGCUGCACGGAGCAGCGGGUCUUCAUACCAGUGACAGGAAAGUGCAUCUUUAACAACAAACUCCACUAUGACAAAACGCAGUUCAUGCCGGACCGAUGCACCAACUGCACCUGUCUGAACGGCACAUCCAUCUGCCAGCGGGCCACGUGCCCCAUCCUGCAGUGCGCGCCAGAGUUCCAGGAGGACGACGGCUGCUGUCCACGCUGUGCGGUGGCCGAGUUGCGGAGCGAGUGCAGCCUGGAGGGGAUCAUCUACAAGAACAACGAGACGUGGAACAUGGGCCCCUGCCGGAGCUGUCGCUGCAACGGAGGCACGAUCCGCUGCUCGGAGAUGCGCUGUCCGGAGGUCAAAUGCCGGGCCAACGAGGAGCUAAAGCUGCCGCCGGGCGAGUGCUGCCCCAGGUGCGUGGAGACUGCGGGCACCUGCACCGUGUUCGGGGACCCGCACUUCAAGACCUUCGACGGAAAGUUUUUUAGCUUCCAGGGCAGCUGUAAAUACCAGCUGGCUGCUGACUGCCACGGGCACAGCUUCCACAUCCGGCUGACGAACGGCGGGCGUGGCACGAAGCGCUCUAGCUGGGCCAAGACAGUGACCGUCAAGCUGCACAACCUGCGCAUCAAUCUCGGCCAGAAGCUGCGCGUCAAGGUGAACGGGACGCGGGUGAUGCUACCCUACGCGGGCCGAGCCGGCGACCAGAACGUGACCAUCGGUCGGCUGGCCGAGGACGGGGCUGUCCUGCUGCGCUCAGAGAUGGGCCUUGAUAUAGAGUGGGACGGAAGCGGUUUCCUCCAGGUCUCGGUGCCUGCCCACUUCAAGCACCGGAUGUGCGGCCUGUGCGGCAACUUCAAUGGCAGCGGGCGCGACGAUCUCACAGGACGCGACGGGCGCCCGCACGGCGACGACGAGGUCUGGUACUUUGCCAACUCCUGGAAGGUGGGGGGCCCCAAGUCCUGCUCCCGCCAGCGCGAGAACAUCGCCGCCCUGCCCACGUGCAACAAGCGCCGGUCGAGCUUCUACUGCCAGCCGCUGCGCAUCUCGGAAGUAUUCGGACACUGUGAUAGUAGGCUUAAUCCCAUCAACUAUAUCGACUCCUGCCGCAUGGACGUCUGCGAGUGCCCGUCGGGCAGCUGCCACUGCGACAGUUUCGCGGCCUACGCUCACGAGUGCCGCCGCCUCGGUGUCCAGCUGCCUGAUUGGCGGAGCUCCACCAACUGUCCCGCCGGCUGGAGACGGAAUGCCACACUCGCGAACUUCCUGGACAACGAGUACUACGGGGAUAGCUUGAGGCGCUUUCCCGGUCCAGGCUCUCUCAAGGGGCGGCGCCGAAAGCAACAGCAGCAGCACCUGCAGCAUCUGCAGCAGAGGAGCAGGCAGAAUCAGAAUCAGCAGAAACAACAUCAGCUCCAGAAGCAGAAUCAGAAUCAGCUCCUGGACAAUGAGUUCAUCAAGAAGCAUGUCCCCAGCAGCCUGUUGCAGCAGCGUGCGCCAGAUCGUACGCCACCGCCACUCCACUGAUUUGUGGACUGAGAAAGAGAAAACCCCCCUCUGCCAUAAGUUACUACACGUACACACACACGUACACUCUCUCACACUCGCACGCACAUUCUCUCAAAGCGAGUUCAGCUUUUCGUAGCAUACUUUUGGCGGAAGCCGAAAAGAGUUUAGAGAGAGAGAGUAGUUGAAUCCGCUCCCAUGACAGACAGACACGACAGACGCGACAGACAGGCAGCAGUAUUACGCUGAAGCAUUACGUACAGUACCUUGGAACAGGCAGAUAGAGACAUAUAUAUAUAUAUAUAUAUAAAGAUAUAAUGCACUAUACAUCAAUGAAACUCAUCCUCCAACUGUCGCCAUUUCGCAUAGAUAGACUAAGUUUUAUUUAUUUUAGCUUUAGUAAAGGAAUUUUCUUGAUUAUAUCAAACGGCUCUAUACAAUACCUACUAUAUAUGGAUAUAUCCUGUAUUGGAAGUACUAUUAUGAUGAUGAUGAUGAUGUUUGUUGUGUGCGUGUGCCAGAUUUUUUGUAUUUGUAUUCCUGUAUGUGUGGAUUACGUUACUCUAAUUAACAGAUGGAACUCUUGCUAAAACUCUUCAAAGGUCCUCUAGUUAGCGUCUAAGGAAACUAAGAGGUAGACCUAAGCCUAGCUAAAGUUUGCUUAAAAUUUAAGACCUACGCCUAAGUCCCCCAGACAACAACACCUAGAACAUCUACUACUAACACUACUACAAUGCUACUAUUCGAAUGAGAAUGGCACAAACAGUAUUUUUGCUUAGUUGAAACUUUAAACUUGAACGAAGCCUAGAGCCCAGAGAGAUCCGUUCAGACCAAAUCCAUCUCCAGUCUCUUACUUACUCUCCUACUCUUCAACUAAAUACUUAACCAUCUCAAAGAAGAACUUUCCAAUUUCCAAUUACUAAUUCCGCAUAUGACCUUAUCUUAUAACCUUUUUACCCCACAAAACUGUGUUAAUAUUUAUAAAUCCCUACCUAAAUAUGAACUUACUUCUCCAACUACUCGUAUUUAACCGUAAACGUAACCGUUAGAGUAAUCCGAAAGGAACUCCGUAGGAACACGAAAGGAGACGCUCUUUGCCAUUUUUUUUUAAUUAUAUGGAUUAAUCAAGUUUAACUUUAAUUAGUAAUUUACUUAACUAUAAAGAUGCAAGAUACUUCUUGAAA